AUUUCUUGGUACGACCGCUGAUAUCAGAGCACCCCCCCUCCCUCCUUGACCGUAUCCCUUUUUCCACGACCACAGUCACACACAAGCCACCACCGGAGAUAUCAUACCUCAUAACCAGCACCGAGAAUGUCUUUGGCGACCGUAGUCGUUAUCUACGGCGGGAGAAGAGCAAGCAUCAAAGCUCCCCCAACCAGGUCUCUGAGUGAAAUACACACAGAGGCUUGCAUAAAGUUUGGAGUUGAUCCCCAGAACUUCGCUCUCAAAAAAGGGAACGCAGCUCUAGACCUCUCGCUCCAAAUUCGCUUGACAAACCUUAGUCCCGGAGCAAAACUAGACCUAGUCUUAGCCAAGAACCGCGACGCCCCGAUAACGAUAGUCCUCAGAGCACAGGAGGCCGACGGUAGGCCGAUCCAGGAAUUCACAGACAUGUUCACCGCCUCGAGCACAAUAUGGGAGAUCAUGCGGAAGCUGGAGGCUAAAGGCCCGCGCACAAACAACGACCCCGCCAUCAACAUCACCGAGCGUGCGGCCCCUUCCGGGACUUCCGGGAGUGGGCGUCUACACUAUGUCAUGCCCGUGGCGCGAGUCAUGAACAGGGAGGUUUCUGGAUUUCGUGAACUGCAGCAGACCUUGAGUGAUUUCGGUAUUAGGAGUGGGAGGCAGUUGGUUACACUUAGGUAUAGAGAGACGGAUAUUCCUUUUGAGGCUGCUUUGGAUGAGAUUGCUGGGUUUUCCGCUCCAAGGGAGAAGGCUACUGAGGCGGAGGUGCAGGGUGGGGAGUCUUCGAAGGAUGCGGAAGGGGAGAAGAGGAAGGCGGAAGCGGGUUUUAUCAUGUUCGAUGCUCCGGAGGAUCCGGAUAAGCAGGGGGACACAGGUGGAAGCAACGCUAUGGAGGUUGAUAAGCCCAUGGAGGGAUCGGCCGAUGCGCUUGAGACUGAGGGUGGUCUUCCUGAGCCUCCGAAUUCUGAUAAGCCGGUGGUCUCGGUUUUUAGGCCUUCGCAGUCUAAUACACUUGCAGCGACUCAGAUCGAUGUUCCGGACAAAGCAUACGAGGUUGGAAUCACUGAAGCCAAACUUAUCCAGGCGAACAUCAAGAAGGAGACUAUUGGGAAACGCUUGCCUUCUGAUAGAGAGAUUGAAGAGAGGAAAGCCGCCGCGCUUGCGGAGGCGGAGAAAGUCGAGAGGGUUGUGAUCAAAGUCCGUUUCCCGGAUGGAUAUACCUCUGAACAGAACUUUGACAAGACUCAUACUUCCCAGGAUCUCUACGAUACAGUCAGAGGCACCCUCCGCCAUCCCAACGAACCUUUCCUUCUAAGGAUCCCUCCCAGAGAAACCCUCCCUCAAGCACCAAAACGACUUACCACUGACCUCAAAUUGCGAACUGGUGCUACCGUGCAUCUAGUCUGGGGCCCCGACGUCUCAGCGAAAGCCAAGAAAGAACUAGCACUCAAAGACGAGUUUAUCGAAAACUCAAAAGCUCUCCCGACACCCGAAGAACCUGAAGGACCAGAAGGCGAGUCAGAUGACAACCCCGGAGGAGGUUUGAGCAAGGGGAAAGGAAAGAGCGGAGGUGACCGUGCUUCAAAGGAGAAUAAACUCAUGGGUAUUCUGAGGUUCGGGAAGAAGAAGUGAUCUGCAUGCAUCAUUUGACUCUUUUCUUCUUCUCUAAAGCGUGUAGUGUGCCUUUUCUAUAGUUAGUUUUUAUCCCGGUGCAAUGGCCUCCGCCCCAUUUAGUUAUUUCCGUUUCCCUGGAUGGGGCCUCGGGGCAAGGAACUGGCAAAGUGUGUAGGCAUUUUCUCUUCUUCUCCUUUCAAGUAUUAUUCUUUUUCUAGGGUA